AUGGCCAGCGACCCCAUGAACUCCACCUCCGAAGAGGAUUCUGAGGAGGACUCGGAGGAGCACAAGGCGGGCUUCGUUGAAACCAACAUGGCCAUGUUCCGAAGGAACCCACAGCUCUGGAAGGUGCUGCUGCUGGCGGGCCUACAGCAAGCCGGCUGCAACUUGGCGAACACGUUCGUGCUCAGCAACAUGAAGGCGCAGUACUGGGGCAUCCAUCAGUCGGAGUAUCAGUCCCUGGCGGCCAUUUUCAUCAACCUAGUGGCUGUGGUUUGCGGCGGACCUUACGGCAGGUUUGGUGAUGCCGUGGAUCGACGCGUCGCAGCCGGCAUCUUCGCCUUCGGCACCUUCCUCCAGGGCUGGACACUGCAGAUUUUUGGUUUCACCGAGAGUGCUUUGUGGAUGUCGACGUUGGCCCAGAUCAUCGGAUCCUUUGGGCUGUCCAGUAACGUGAUGUUCGCGUUGGCCACGGACGUGACCCGCUUCCAGGACAGAGAGGUCAUGGCCGGGGCGUACUUUGCCGCCACCUGUGCCUUGAAUCUGAUCGUCUUAUGCGUGCCUACCCUCUUUAUCCUGGUCCUGGAAGUGGUGCCCAACAACCCGAACCUCAUGAUCUGCGUCCAGACGGGCUUGACGUUCAUCUGGUACUUGGUUCUCGCCUCCGUGACGGGACAGAAGGAGAAAGAAGCGGACCAUGACAACGAGAUGUGGUUCGUGGAGUCUGGCGAGGCACAGGAGGAGGCGACAGUGGACAUCAAAGAGAGCACGGAAGCCUGGGUCUACCCUGGGAGCAGGGCCCUGGCUUGUCUACAUCUGGGCGCCGGGGUUCUGCUCACUGCUUCGGGUGAGGUGCUGUGCUCAGGAACCCUUGAGGAGGCUGGUCUGAAGGAUGGAGAUGUGCUCCUGCUGCAGCAACGGCAGGCGGACCUUUUGCAGUCUUUAGAGCUCGACCUUCAGCUCAGCAAGGAUAGAGGUUUCUCUUUCCAGACGCCGGGGCGCUUCACAGACCUCACGGUGGUGGCGCAAGGUGCGUAUGGCGUGACCUGCUCGGCCCGGGAUGAGAGUACAGAUGGUAGGGUUGCGAUCAAGAAGGUGGAGGGAGCCCUUGAAGACCUUCGGCACGCGAGGCAGACGUUGAAGGAGCUCAAGCUUUUGAGGCACCUGGGCCAUGAGAAUAUCCUGGCCUUGCAAUACGUCUUCCUUCCUGGUGUCAAGUCCACUUUCAAGGACUUGUACAUUGUCUCUGGCCUCAUGGACACAGACUUGGCUAGUAUCCUGAGGAGCUCCCAAUUGCUUCGCGACCAGCAUUGCCAGUACUUUUCGUACCAGCUUCUUCGCGGGCUGAAGUUCAUGCACUCUGCCGGGGUGGUGCAUCUUGACUUGAAGCCGCGCAACGUGCUGCUGAACACCAACUGUGACUUGAGAAUCAGUGGCUUGACGUACGCGGUGUUGGAUGUUGGGGAGACAGGCGAAGAUUGUCUGCCCGGGGAGGGAUAUGUCGGCCAGCGGUGGUAUGGGGCACCAGAGGCUCUCUGUCAUUGCAGUGGCAGCGUCUAUGGUCCCCCCGUCGACAUCUGGUCUGUAGGAGCUAUGGUUGCCGAGAUGUUUGCCCGCCGGCCCCUGUUUCCAGGGAAGAAUGCGCAGCACCAGCUCCAGCUGAUGUUGAGAGUUUUGGGUCCCUGGGAUGCAUCUUCCUUCGCUUGGAUCAAGAACCCAAGAGCCCGGGAGUUCCUGGAGUCGCAGUCCCCAGGCGCCAGCCGCGCCCUCGGCGAGGCCGUCGGAGCCGCCUCACCCUCGGCGAUGGAGCUGCUGGAUGUCCUGCUCCAGUUCAACCCCGAGCACCGGGCUACAGCUGAACAGGCCCUACAGAUGAGCUACUUCGGAGAUCUGCGCUGUCCCGAGGAUGAGCCUUCGAGCGCUCCCCUGGACCUGAGGGACUUCGAGUUCCUGCGGCGGAAAAUCGACUCGGCGGCGCUGCGCGAGGAGAUCUUCUUGGAGGCCCUUCGCUACCACCCGGAGCUGGUGCAGCGGUACGAGCGGGAGCAGGCGCUGAUGGGCACCGUGCAUGACAUCCAGGCAUACCCGCUGCUGGAACCGGGUGAAGAAUGGCCCACCUAA